AUGGCGGAGGCGGCGAAGGCCGAGGGCCUCAUGAAAGAGCUGCAAAAACUUAGAUCUCGGUCACAGUCCUUUCUACAGAAUCACGAACCAAUAGCAAGUAGCACUCCAACAAAGCAAGAUACGGAUUCGUCCAGCCGUCUGGCGUUCCGUGAGGUCGUGGAAGCCGUCAAACAUACGAAUAAUGCUAUAUUUGAGCUGUUUGUGAGACAGCAGUCAGAUUGGAAACUACAAACAGAAAACUCGCAAAGUGAUUGGCAA